UGCACCACCGCCACCAAGAAAAGGGCGUCACCGUGAGCGAUUAGGCAUCUGGCAGCACAUUCGAUCACUUGAGAACAGAGGUUUUCCGGGAAAAUGAGCGGAGCGGGAAAGAAAGUUGCCGAUGUGGCACUGAAGGCGUCGAGAACCAUAGACUGGGAAGGGAUGGCGAGGCUUCUGGUCACCGAUGAGGCUCGGAAAGAGUUCGCAACUCUUCGCCGCGCCUUUGAUGAGGUCAACUCCACCCUCCAGACCAAGUUCAGCCAGGAACCAGAGCCCAUAGAUUGGGAAUAUUACAGAAAAGGAAUUGGGUCCCGCUUGGUGGAUAUGUACAAAGAGGCUUAUGACAGCAUACAAAUCCCCAAGUAUGUAGACACAGUCACUCCUCAGUACAAGCCAAAAUUCGAUGCGCUGUUGGUGGAAUUGAAAGAAGCAGAAGAGAAAUCCUUAAAGGAGUCUGAGCGUUUGGAAAAGGAAAUUGUCGAAGUACAAGAGAUGAAGAAAAAGAUUAGCACCAUGACCGCAAAUGAGUACUUUGAGAAGCAUCCCGAGUUGAAGAAGAAGUUUGAUGAUGAAAUCCGUAAUGAUUACUGGGGUUAUUGAUUACGUCUUCUGAUUCUACCAACUUGUCUCAUUUCAAGCUGAAUCUCUCAAAAUUCUCAUGUCCCAUGUUUGUUGGGUAAUAAAUAACCAUUUUCUCUUGUUUGUAAUCUGGUUACUUUUGGUUGGAGGAUUUGAGCUUUAGCCAAACCAUGUGAAAAUAGGAUUUUAUUUGUACGGCUGACACAGAUCUCCCUCUUGAUUUAUAUAAAAGCAGGAUUUGAAACUGCGAGUAUUAACAAGUA